GAAUGUUCUACGGGAGGCAACUCGUUGAACACAGCAGAAGAUAUUGUGGUGAAGCAACAUCUGUCAAGUGAGACAGCUGAUCCUUUAUCAACACUUGUCCCAGGUUGUCACAUACUUCAACAUGCAGAGAGAUCAACAUGGUGGCCCCUCUCGGCCUACUCCAACCCCCCAUCUUCAACCACAGGAAACGACAAAGACAGGCCAUGUUUGCUGAUCCCAUCAGUAACCAUGGCAACACCCCAUCCAUGCCUGCAUCAGCCCAACCUAGCUAUCCAGAUUUAAUGCCCGUAGGGGGAUUCCAGGCUCAAGGACGAAGACUGCACACCCAGUCAACAAGUGCCUAUGGAGUAGGUGAUUCCUACACACCUGCUCAAAAACAGAGAAACUGUGGUGCCAACAGUGCCAGAGGUGCAGGUGGAGGAAAUAGGGUACCAUCAUCAGUCCCCACUCAAAGUUACCGCAGCAACAACCACGGCUACAGCAACAACAACAACAGCUGCAGUAACAACAACAGCACAAACAAUGCUGUGAAAGUUGGUUGGGGACACCAAGGCAGUCACCAAGCUGUUCCCUCCAAAGAUCAGAGAAACAGGACCAGCAGAGGUGGAAGUAAUUCUUUCACCAGGAACACUCAGCCCACCUCCACCAACAACCAGCUCCUGUACCAGGGCAACCAGCAGACAGCCAGAGGUAAUUAUAAUCAGCAGCAGAACAGGAGCCAAAACACACAGGGAGGUUAUGAUCGCCAGACCCAGGGUGGUGGUGGUGUGUGGAAUGCAGGGACAGGCACCCAUGACCAGAGUCUACAACAGUAUAGCAAUCAUGCAGCUCAGGCUGGCAGGGGUGGUUCCAAGGGUUGGGGAGGAGCUCCACCCCCACCCAAUGCACCUCUGGCUGCAUCCCCUCCUCAUACUGGGAGUCUGUUGACGGAUUCAAGAGUUGGAGCCAACACAGGGUUUGGUCAGGAGUUUGCUUCAACUCUUACAAGAUCUAAGGAUGUUUCAAAGGCCUCCAACAUCAAGUCUUCAAGACAAUCAGGCACAAAGGGUAAAGACCAGACAGGUUUGAGAGUGCUGUGUUCAAGUGUGGCAAUGGUGAAGAGGUCUGCCCUCCAGAAUGAUCAGUUGGGGCCUCACCUGUUGGAAGUGUUUGGUGUGCUGGACUCUGCUGUGGUGGCUGACAAGUCUGGAACAGGGAAGGAAUUUGUUCUCAGAGAUGAAACUGAUGCAGUACACUGCAUUUUCUAUGAAAUAGAUAGAAGCCUACCUCGACUGAUAAGGGGACAGUGGCAGAGAUGUGUUGGCACAGUUGAACACAAGAGUGGCAGACUUAAGUGUGUGUCUGUCCGUGCAGCUGGUCCUGAUGAAAAGCAUCUUGCCAAACUUGCUGAGCAUCACACUGAACAACUGAUGACGACAGGGCGGACCACGGAGGAGUGAACAUGUCACACGGACAGGCGUGGGCAUGAUGUCAUACAUUCUAGUUUGAAGCAAGGCAGCUGAUGCAAAGAUGGAUGUUGAAGUUGAAAAUAUGCAGCCUUAAAUACCAAUACACAGUAAUUCUCGAAGAAUUUGUGAUCACCUUGUAGGCCUCAAUAUUGUGUAAAGAUCGUCUAAGCUGAACUCGAUGAAUACUACUAUGAAUUGUUGUGUGUCAUAUUGCUCAAAUUAUAUAUUAGUACCCAGAUAUCCCUUUGUUUGAGGUGAUAUAGUUCACAAACUGUACCGAAUACCUUGAUCUUUCUAAGAUCUGCUAUAUGCUAGUAAGCGUUCCACUCACUCACUCGGACUUAAUUAAUUACAUAAUUGUAUUUAAUUUCCAUGUUAUCUGAAACAAGUAUUUAUUUUUAACCUGAAAUAUUUACUCUGUCGAUACCACCUAUUGUUAUUUUAUGUGUGACACAUUGCCUAUUGUUAUUUAUUGUUAUAUAUUAUUAUUGUUGAUUACCAGAAAAUAAAGUUGUUUAUGUGUA